AUGUCUGGUUCGAGGGAGCUCAGUCCCAGGGAGCCGAUUAACGGCAACUUCGUCCCCACUGAGAAGCGCGAGCAGGUUCCAGACACGUACAGCCCUUCGUGUAGAUGGUGGACCUUUGAUAUACCGCACACGCUUGCGUUGGUGCAGCUGGACAACGUGGCCAGUGGGGUGUCUGACGACGACGUUUCGAGACGCGCGGCGGAGCUUGGCAACAACAGGAUUCGCAUUGCCGGUGCACCGAGUGCCUUUUGGAUUUUUUGCAGGCAAUUCAUGAACAGCAUCACUGUCGUCCUGGCCAUUGUGAUUGUGAUCAGUGCCGUCUUCAAGGAUUGGCCGGAGUUCGGCGUGGUGCUGUUCAUUCUGAUAUUUAACACCUUAUUGGGGUUCUACCAGGAGUACGGCGCGGAGAAAUCGCUUCACAGCCUGAAGGAAAUGACGGCGGGCAGCGCGAAGGUUCUCCGCGAUGGCUCGGUGGAGGUUAUUUUUAUCGACGAGGUUGUCGUGGGCGACGUGAUCAUUUUGGAGCAGGGCGCCUCGGUGCCGGCGGACUGCCGCCUCGUGGAGAACAGCGGGUUGGAGGUGGAUGAGGCGCUCCUCACGGGCGAGGCGCUGCCGGUGGUGAAGCACACCGACGCUAUCCCCGACCCGGACGGCGUGUGUGCGUUGGGGGACCGCAAGAAUAUGGUGUACCGCAACACGAUGGUCACGCAGGGCCGCGGGAAGGCGGUUGUGGUUGCCGCCGGCGUGCACACCGAGAUGGGGAAGCUCGCGGAGCGCCUCGGGGAAGGCUCAGGCACGGAGAAGACGCAGCUUAUGAAGACGCUGGACUACAUGAUGUACUUCCUCUUUGGCUGCUGCAUCCUGCUCGCCGUCGUCGUGUUCGCCGCGAACAAGUUCAGGUACCACCCAAGCACCCUGUCGUACGCGACGGCGGUCGCCAUCGCCAUUCUCCCAGAGUCCAUGGUGGCGGUGGUCACGGUGUCCAUGACGGUUUCCGUCAAGCGAAUGGCGAAGCAGAAGUGCAUUGUGCGCAGGCUGGCGGUGCUGGAGGUGCUCGGCAACGUGACGGACAUCUGCUCCGACAAGACAGGGACGCUGACGGAGAACAAGAUGGUGGUCAAAAAGGCCCUCAUCGGGACAAACGAGGAGCUCUUCGUUACGGGAGCCCCAUAUGAGAGGUAUGGGGCCUUUCUGCGCGGUGACCAGGAGGAGCAGGUCCACCUGACGGGGGCCUACGCGACCAAUAAACUGCUCUACGAGUUUAUGCGCUGCGCGGCGCUUUGCAGUACGACCGUCCUGCAGGUUGACGAGGAGGAUGCCGAUCACCUUUGCGGCACCGGAAACCCAACGGAGGUGGCGAUUCAGGUGAUGACGUGGAAGGCGGAGCUUCACCGCGACCGACUAGAAAACGAGGGGUGGAAGUGCAUCGCGGAGUACCCGUUCGACUCCAAAAUCAAGCGCAUGACGACGGCGUGGUACAACGGGAACACGGAGCAACUGUACCUGUGCACAAAAGGUGCCCCCGAGCGUAUUCUUGAUCUCUGCUCCACCAUUGUCUCGGAGUCGGGCAGCCACCUCGCCUUGACGGAAGCGGAUCGUAAGACGAUAGAAAAGCAGAUCAAACAUUUGGCGUCGGAGGGGCUCCGGACAAUCUGUCUCUCCACGCGGCCGUGCACCCUGGAGCAGUUCCCCCUCCCCAGCGAGGGAACCUUCCUGCUCGCCCACGUCCGGGAGGCGAUUGAGCAGGACCUCUCGUUUCUUGGAAUUGUCGGGAUUUACGACCCUCCACGCCCGGAGUCGCACCCCUCCGUCAUUGCCUGUCAGCACGCCGGGAUUGUGGUGCGCAUGUUGACCGGCGAUCACGUAACCACCGCGGGAUGCAUCGCCGUCAUGCUGAACAUCAUCGGCAAAUCGGACCUCGACAACCGAGUGAAGCUGAUGAACGGCCCCGACUUCGACCGAACGGAGACGGAGACCAUUGACGAGUGGGGGGAUCUCCCACUCGUCGUUGGACGGUGCUCGCCGGAGUCCAAGGUGAAGAUGAUUGAGUGCCUGCACAAGCGCAAGCGGGUGGUGGCAAUGACCGGCGACGGCUUCAACGAUUCGCCAAGCAUUAAAAUCGCAGACAUUGGCUGUGCAAUGGGGUCUGGCACGGAUGUCACGAAGGGUGUUGCGGAUAUUAUUAUCACGGACGACAAUUUUGCUACUAUUGUAAAGGCAGUGACGGAGGGCCGGCGCAUUUCACAGAACAUACGGAAAUUUGUGGUGCACCUUCUUUCCAGCAACGUUGCUGAGGUGAUUGCACUCAUCUGCGGUCUUCCCAUCCGCAAUGAAGGGGUUUCUUUGUUUGUGCUCUCGCCCAUUGAGAUUUUGUGGCUAAAUAUGUUCACCUCCGGCCCUCCCGCAACGGGACUGUCGUUGGACGCCGCAAGUGCCGACGUGCUCCUUGUGCCUCCGAACACGGCUGGUCUUUUCACCUUUGAGCUCGUCGCUGACACGGUGGUGUACGGGUUUUGGCUCGGCGUCUGCUCACUGUGCGGGUUUGUCUUUAUUGUCUACGGCGUACACGACGGCCCGGCCGGCACCGACUGCAACUCGCAAAACGGGGUCAACUGCCAUGAGAUUUGGCGCGCGCGUGCCACGGCCUUUGGAAUCCUGUACUUUGGGUUAUUGCUGCACGCGUACACCGUCCGCCACACGCGACAGUCCGUCUUUUUGAUGAAGUGGUUCGACAAUGUUUGGAUUUACGGCUCCGUGGCUGUCGCCGUUGCUCUUUUCUUCCCCAUCGUGUACAUCAACCCCAUAGCGCACAACCUCUUCGUGCACGACAUGCUGACGUGGCACUGGGCCGUCAUCGGCGUGCUUCUGGUGUUUUUCAUGGCUGUGUGUGAGCUGUACAAGGUCCUGAAGAACUGCUUCUUCCCGAGGAAGCCGGUGUCCGUGGGGCCGUCGGACGACGUGGAGCAGGAGUACCGGCUCUUCGCCGUCUCGAACGAGGACGACAGAGACGUGGAGAGCAUCGCCGAGGAGCAGCUGCGCAUGUCGUUUGCAUCCGUCAACGGCAGCGCGACGAGUAUGGGCACACACCACGGGAGGAAGGAGAGGUACAAAAGGCGGCGGUAG